GAUUGGCUGCCUCCGCCCUCGAGGGGCGUGGCCCGGCCUGCCGACUCUGCCCUCGCGCGGCUGUGCGAGGGGCGGCGAGUCGCAAGCGCCGGCUGGCUGGCCCUGGGGCGCGUUUGCUCGGAGAUGUUGCUCCCGCCGCCGCCCUCCUCGCUGGCUCAAGCGCUGGCGCCAGGCGGCUCCCCCGGCACUGGGGCGCGAGCGGCGGGCCCGGAGCUCCAAGACGAGGCCGGGCUUCGAGAGCAGCAGUCGGGUGAAGAGGCGGGGCGAAGCCGGGCCGCGGGGGUUAUGGCCGAGCGCGCCCAGCGCCGGGCGGCAGGAGCCGGCAGCGGCCCGCGCGGGGCGUCGGCGUUGCCGCCUGAGGCGGAGGCCGCUGCGUCAGCUGCUCAGGAAGAACCCGAGGGCGCUUGUCCCCGCUGGGGAGCGCAGCACGCCGGAGCCCGCGAGCUUGCCGAGCUUUAUUCCCCCGGGAAAAGGCUGCAAGAGUGGAUCAGUGUCAUCUUGUGUUUUUCUCUGAUGUCUUUCAACUUUUACAAUCUCCUCUUCUGCUUGAGACUGGAGCAUGCAUUCUCAAUUAUUGUUGGGAUAUUUGCAGGAGUCAUUACUGCCGAUUUUGUCUCUGGUCUUGUGCAUUGGGGAGCAGACACCUGGGGAUCUGUGGAGCUGCCAAUAGUUGGAAAGGCUUUUAUCAGACCUUUCAGAGAACAUCACAUUGACCCAACAGCAAUUACGAGACACGACUUUAUAGAGACCAAUGGAGAUAACUGCAUGUUGACGGUACUUCCAUUGGCAAACAUGGCUUACAAAUUGGUUUCUUUAUCACCAGAAGCAUUACACCAAACGUGCCCUUGGGAGUGUUACGUCUUUGCCCUGUCUGUAUUUGUAACCUUAACGAACCAGAUUCACAAAUGGUCCCACACCUACUUUGGUCUUCCUUGCUGGGUAAUCUUCCUACAGGACUGGCACAUCAUCCUUCCACGGAAACACCACAGGAUCCACCAUGUGUCUCCUCAUGAAACUUAUUUCUGUAUUACUACAGGCUGGUUGAACUACCCAUUGGAGAAAAUUGGAUUCUGGAAGUUCCUGGAGAACGUCAUUCAAGGACUAACAGGAGAAAAACCUAGAGCAGAUGACAUGAAAUGGGCCCAGAAAAUUAAAUAACUCGUGCCAGGCUUCUGCAGUCCUUAUACUCGUUGCCAAUAUUUUUAAAAGAAAAAGCCAUCAGCCAAAUUAAAGACUUGCAAAGAAAUAAUGGACUAAAGCACAAUGCUUUUAAAGUGCUAACAGACUGCAGUUUAAGGACUCACUCUUCAAAAUAAUACUUGAAAUGCAAAUGGCUAAUUCCCAUUUGUACUGAGCACCUUCUGUUAGCCACAUCUGCUGAUGUUGAAACUUCUCAUCUUUGAGUCUCAAAAGCCAUUAGUUGGAGAAGACAGUGCACCAUUUCUAGUAAGAUAUGUCAGUGGCACAGUGAAAUGUGUUGUAUCAACAUGAAUUACCACUUUAAAAGUAGCUUAAGACAGUGUGGACUAACACAGAGAAGACAAGCACUACAUCUUAAGAAGCAGACUCUGACGUAUUGCAUGAGGAUCAGUGGGAGGGAAAGAGGGUCUCUGACAUGGUCACAACUUCAGUGCAUUUGGUUGGUUGGUUGGUUGGUACACCUUCCAGUUGCUUCAUCUUGCUGUCAUGUCAAGUCUUAGUCUAUGUGGUGUGCAGCAGAACUUUUGGAAGUCUCACUCUGCUAGUGGAUUAAGGAUCCUUACUGUUGUCUUUCUCCUGAAAUAAACAAGUGUUCUACUUCCUUGAUUGCUGUAUAAGCCUGCAACUAAUGUGGUAGCAAGCUGGGGGUAAUCAGAGCAUAUUCUGUGCAAGUGUGAAAUACACACCCUUGCAUUUGGUCCUCUAGUGUUCAGUGAUCAGAUUCCUUUCAGUAUAAUUCCUCUUCCAAUAAUCAUUGUUUCAAGUAGUCCUAGAAAACUGGGCACAUCAGUAAAUUUGUGUCUUAGAAGGAGUAGGUUAAUGGUGUGUAUUUUUAAAGGUGCUUGCUCCAUUCAUGUAAAUAUUAUAAAGCCUUAAUCUUUUUGGUGUAACAUGAAAUAAUAUUUUAAUGUGGACUUAAUGUAUAUAAUAUAUUUAUAACAAAGCA